AUGCACACACAGAGCGAACGUGUCGUGGGACACGUGUUGCUGGUAUUGGUCUGCGUCUCGCUAGUGCCCACAGUGCUAGGACAGCAGCAACAGUUUCGACAACAAACUGCUCCCGCAAGUCGUCGUUCGUCGUUCGCACUACCCGCACCGGUACCUGCCACAUCGGUGCCGCAAGUCACCGUACAGCAUGUCCCCGCAUUCCGCUACAACCCCGCAUCGGCUGCAGUGACUGAGCUGGCCCGGGUGAUCGGCAGCAUACUCGGGCAGCAAAGCAAGGCGGCCGUCUUCUCGCCAGUCAGUAUUGCGUGUGCCCUGUCGCUGAUGCUAAUCGGUGCCGAGCAGGAGACGAAGCAUGAGUUGAUACGAGUGCUUGGUUUCCAGCAGUACAAAGAUCACCUGCACAACAUACAUCAGCUGUACAGUGAGAUGUUAAACGAUUUGGCCAAGACCGAGUUUGAUCGGGUGCCGCCACGCUGGCGUACGUCGAAUCCCUGCUAUGACGAUGAGGACGAGGAAGAUGCAGCCGCAGCGGCAGCCGAAUAUCCGCCCGAAAAGGACGUGAUACGUGUGACGAAUGCAGUGUUUGUGCAGGAAGGAUUCCCACUGAACGCUAGCUUCACGUACUACUCGAAGCGUUACUACAACAGCUCAGCGGUAAAUGUUCCUUUCGCCAGCAAUCCGGCACGAGCCACGGCACUGAUCAAUGCUUGGGCACAGCGCAGCACUGAGGGUAAGAUACGCGACAUCGUGUCCGAGUCGGUGGCGGCUGAGGCAGAAAUGAUCGUUGCGAGUGCACUGUACUUCAAGGCAUUGUGGUCAGAACCGUUCGAGCAGCAGGCAACGGAGUUAAAACCAUUCUACCCCGACGGUUACGGGCGUGAAUCGAAACUGGUGCCAACAAUGUCCACCGUCGGCUGCUACCCGUACUAUGAUGCGCGUGAAGUUGAUGCGAAGAUUGUAGGUCUCUCUUACCAGGGCAAUAAAUCGGCCCUCUACAUCAUCAUGCCCAACAACUCGACGCGCCAAACAAUGCAGGAUUUCCAGCGCCGACUAACGCCCGCCACGAUCGGUGAGCUGGUAUCGAAGAUGGUCCAGCGCAAGAUGUUCCUACAGAUGCCCAAGAUGCAGAUUACCAACACAAUCAACCUGCGCGACGUACUGCAGCGGCUAGGGCUGCAAACGAUCUUCAACCGGGGGCAGAGCGACCUUUCCGGUAUGGUGGCACGACCGCAACAGAUCGAACUGUUUGCUACAAGGUUCGGUGAACCGGGUGCCGCCGGACCGGUCGAUCCAUCGUCCGUCAUCUUUCCCACCGAUUACUAUUACUCGGAACCGUCGGCUGACAUACGGCGUGGCAACGGGAACAAUAAUGUGAACGCUGCCCAGGCAGCUCCAGAGCCGAGCAGAAAUCGCGUGCCCAGUCCAGCUGGGGCUCAGCUGCACGUGAGCGAGUUCAUUCACCGGGUCGAGCUUGACAUCAACGAGAAGGGUACGGAGGGUGGCGCGAUCACGACGUCCACCAUCUUCCGGGCGUUACCGUCCAUCCAUUUCCGGAUCGAUGCACCGUUCCUGCUGCUGGUCGGUCAUGACGAUACGCGGCUACCACUGUUUUACGGUACGAUCUACGACCCGACGCCUUCUAAUAUGAAACUCUUCCAAGUGCUUUCGUUCACAUUAUGGCUACUGCUCGUGCCAUUCGUCCACUGUCAGUGGAACCGCUACUAUACACAAUCGCCCACCGUAAGGUACACACCCAUGGUUCGUGGAGUUCAACGGAUAGCACUUAGGCAAAACUUUGAAAGUGGUCCAACUGCAGCCCCCAUCCCUGCCAGAAGACAAGCAGCACCAUCGACGACUCCCUAUCCGGUUAGCAGCUUAUCCCUUACCCCGGAUAAUGAUUCCAAGAUAUCGCAGGUCGUGGUAGACUUUAUGAUGCGCAUCAGUCGAACGUUGGCACAGCAUCAAAGCAAAGCAGAGCUCUUCUCACCACUUAGUAUUAUAACCGUGGCUAAUCUCCUUUUCCUCGGAUCUGGUGGUGUUACACACGAAGAGUUUGGUAAGGUACUCACACCGUCCAGCAUGAACUGGAAGCGUAUGCAUCAGCGGUACGGUAGUGUGCUUGCAAAUCUCGUGUCAUCGGACCCGGUGGACGGUCGGCGCGAUCAAUGGCGACGACAGACGUGUCCUCACGAUGAAGACUACGAAGAUGGGCAGAGCAUUCCAGCAGCGAAAUCGCAAGUUAUUCGCAUAGCGAACGGUAUCUUCUACCAAAAGGACCUCCCGAUGCGUCAGCAGUACGUAAUGUUGGCCCGCAGUCUCUAUGGCGCUCUGGUGCAACCGAUCGAUACACAAAAUUCGGCCUCGUCCACUGCACUGAUCAACAAGUGGGUUAGCGAUGUAACCGCAGGGAAAAUUCGCAACAUGCUCGAGGGUUCACUUAGUCCCAGCUCCAGCGUGAUAAUCGCAAACGCACUCUACUUCAAAGCCAAAUGGAAGACCCAGUUCGAACCGCUCGUGACCCGUGAUGCCCCCUUCUUCCCGGACGGGUUCGACGGGCCAUCCUAUCGCGUGAAGAUGAUGAGCCUUAGCGGAUGUUUGCCAUUCUACAAGACGCGUGAUGCAAUGGAUGUGUCGAUCGUUGGAUUGCCGUACCGCGAUGAUACCAGCACGAUGUACCUCAUCCAACCGGCAAACUCUAGCCGCGUUGCGAUCCGACGUCUGCAGGCAUCGCUUACCGGCAAAAUGCUCGAUUCGUGGAUCGGUCAGAUGAAGCUGCAGUCGACCAACGUGCGGUUGCCGAAGAUGCAUCUUCGCAACAGCGUCGAUCUGUUGCAAUCGUUCCAGAAGCUUGGCUUUAACUCGAUCCUCAGCCCGGCCAAGAGCGAUCUUUCGAACAUGAUUGACAGUACGGUGACGGGGCAGAAACCGUACGUGAAUCAGAUCCUUCACAAGCUGGAUCUAGCGAUCGAUGAGGAGGGUACGGAAGGUGCGGCCGCCACCUCGGCACUGGUCGAUCGUAUCGGUUCGCAGCGACAGUUUAACGGCAACGCACCGUUCCUGAUCUAUCUACGGCACGAUGCAACCGGGCUGCCGCUGUUCUAUGGGCCGAUCUUUGAUCCACGCUAA